AUGUUAAUUGCUAUUAUUGCAAAUGGCUGUCAAUUUUUAUCGCUUUUGAGGAGGAUCCAGAAAUUAGUUUAUAAAUAUUAUAUUAUAACUGAAAAGUGUUUUACUAAUGUGCUAUAAUAUUUAUUACUGAUUGCUAUUUGUUUUGUGCUAUUUUGCUGUCAUCAAACAUUGAUAAUAAUCUCCCUUGUGAAAACUGGAAAGACGGACAAUGACGACAAAGGUGCAACCGGCCGUACCGGUGGCCAGUAGCUCAGAGGUGAAGCAGCAUGCCAACUCCACUUCGAGUCCGAUCUCGGUGCCCGAGGGAUUCCUAGCCAAGCCUCCUCUCGACGGCGACGACGGCAUCUCCUCUGAGGAGGAGGAAGAGGAGGAGGAGGAACCGGAAGAGGAUGAGGAGGAAGAGGAGCCGGUCAAAGCGGGCCCUGCGAGUUCGCGGAGGAGUUCGUCGGCCAGUGGUUCGUCCAAUCACAGUUCCGCGAGUAGUAAAGAUAAAGAGCCUGUGAAAAACGCUAGUGUGGAAAAAGUGGCUGUGAAAAAUGUAAGUGUGGAGAAAGUAGCAGUGAAAAAUAUAAGUAUGGAGAAAGUAGCUGUAAAGAAAGAACCGAUGAAUGAUAUAGAAGCUGAGAAAGUGCCGCCGAAGAAGAAUGAAGAAAGCAACGAAAUGAAGAAACCAAUCAAGAAAGAGCCGCAGGUCAAAGUGGAGAAAGUAUCCAUGGUCAAGGUCAAGAAGGAACCAUCCGCCAAAGCAGAUGAGGACGACAAAAACGAAAGCUCAGGAAAUGAUAGUGGGGUUGAGAGCAGUGGGGCAGAGUCGAUCAACUCCAACAAGGACGUCAAGAAUAUUCCUCCUCCCAAGAUUGGUUCUCUGACAAUCCUGGGACCGUCACUUCUAAACAGUUCAGUGAAGAAUGGAUCGCUGUCUAUCACCCCUGCCAAUGCGCUUGCUUCACCUCUCAAUGCACUCUCAGUCAUGUCGGCCGGCUCUAAUCCAGAGGCAGCUGCUGGCGGUUUCGUUGAUGCGCCUCUCUCGAACGAGUACAUUCCUCUGGACAAGCUGGCUAUGAUGGGAACAACGAUGCGACGUAAUAGCACCGGUGGCGACGGCAAGUGUGAGGUGUGCGGGGAGGUGAUUGGUGACGCGACUGGCCUGGAGGCUCAUCGUGUGACCCGCAAACACUUCCGGUGCGGUGACUGUGCCGGUCUGGUCGUCUUCGACACGCGUCACGAUCUCGACAUGCACCGUGCCAGUGCGCACCCUAUGCAGCCCAAUGCAAUGGCAAGCCCCCAGCUGUACUGUGGGCCAUCGCAGGUCCCUCCCCCUCCCCAGCCCGGCUCCAUUCAGCCGCGCUCCUUCGCCAGUUUGGUGGCUCCUCCCUCGCAGCAGACCACUGAACUACUCAAUAAUGUCAACACCAAUCAGAUCCAAUUGAUGAAGAGGAUGCAGACUCAGCCACCUACUGAUGCACCUAUGGCCAAAGGGAGAAGAUUGGAUGUCAGUAUGGACAACGGUAUGGGGGCAGCUAGUCCAGUGCAACUGAGGCCUGGCUCCAGUGUUUCUAUUUCUGCAGCCACUCCUAAAGGCGGUGCAAAUGUAGUGGCUAACUUACUGGCCAGUAGGGGAGGAAUAACGGUGACACCAUCGGGCGAGGCAGGUCGCUCACAGGCGCCAGCUCCACCCAGCUCCCCAUCCCGGCCUCCCCCACCCCUCACCCUUGGCUCCGCCAUAUCCAUUAUGCCAGCCUCCAGUCCUUCAAGACAGACUUCGGGUUUCGCCUCGCCACAAGGGAGCGCCCGCAGGGGACCCCCACCCACCAUGGCCCUGCCGACAGUGGACUUGACACGCGACACACCGCCGCGACACCAGACGCACGCGCCCCAGAUGCGCCGGCCACCCAGGGCGCGCGCCUUCAUCUGCCAGGUGUGCGACAAGUCCUUCCACACGCGCGAGGGCCUCUCCACGCACAUGUCCACGCACAGCAGCAGUAGCGGCAAGCUGUCUUACAGAUGCAACCUGUGCAACGCGCAGUACCCGACCCAACAGGGCCUGGCGCAACACAAGCAGUCGUUCCACAAGGAGUCAGGAGGCGCGGGCACCGAGAUGGCUCUGCCGGUGGUCGACCUACGUCAGCCCGGCGUGCCCGACAGACUCGCUUCGCUCGGCAUCCGGCACAUCAUUCCUCUGUCCCAACUGCAGUCUAGCUCGGGUGGCCUGUUUGGUGUGCCGAUCAUUGCCAUCGACAACGCUCGCAGUCCGGCCCAGGCCAACCUGGGUGGUUUGGGCGCAAGCAACAUUUUGUCGCUGGGUCCUCUAAAGGCGCUGCCUCGCUAAGUGGGCUGUGGGCUGAGGUGUGUGGUUCACUUUAAACGGCUGCGUUCCGACCUAGACCUAGCUAGCACUUGGACUUUUCAUCAGCUGAUUAUAUACGCUCAUUAUGUAUAUAGUGUCCCAUAAAAAACGUAACAUUCAAAUUGUCGAUUAAAUCAUAAUUUAUUUAUAAUUUCAAACAUAUUUUUACAAUUAACUAUUAAAGAAAGUCCACAAGCAAAAAUUCCACAGGAAACGCAUUUUCCAUUGUAAUGAAAAAUAUUUUGAAAUAUUAAGUAAACAAUGAUUUAAUUACAAUACAAGUGUUGCGCUCUUUAUGGGACACUCUAUUAUGUAUGUACAGUAGAUAGUGUUUACCUUAUAUUAAUCAGAUCAGUACAGUUUAUAAUUUAUGCCUUAUAUUAAGCAAAGCAUCAGCAAUAGCUGAUUAUACUUUAUAAGUAUAUCAUAUGCUUAUGGGGUCUUCACGAUUUUGAAUUUAUAGGAGCUAUUCGGAUAACUCCAGGAGUGGUGCUAUUUGUUAUUCAAUGUGCGAGUCAAUGCUAUGAUAAGUUGUAUAUUACAAAAACAUAUAUAGCAACUGAUUCAAAUUAGCAAAUAAUUCGACUAUCUUAAGAUCGUGAAUACCCCUAAUAUACACUAUGGUGAGUAUAGGAUCAGCUAAUGUUGCAUCUCUGAAGUGCUUACUAUGCUUACCAUAGCAUAUCAGCUGUUGAUAUAUAUAUGUACAGUAUAUAUAUAUACUGAUGUGAACAUUUUUCUAAACUGUUAUUCACAUCAUGUUUCAACAUAUUAACGCCAUUUACAAGUGAGUGAGUAAAAUAAAUCACUAACUUGAAAAAUGGUAGUAAUAUGUUGAAACAUGUGAAUAAAAAUUUUGAAAAAGGGUACUUGGAUUUUUAAUUUUCAGAAAGUAUGUACACUAUGGUAAGCUUAGUGACAAUAUAAUAUAUUAUGAAGUCGUAUGGAUAGGCUGUGGCAGAAACAAAUAAACAAUUCAUACGUGCAUUUACAAGUUUUUGAGUCAGAGUAUGGUACAUACAACUUCUCUAGCCCUCCUUGGAGUCUUGUGAAUGCCACUGUGGGUAGGGGAGCGAGUCAACUAGAUGGACUCGAAUCUUGAAUAGAAUUAAUGACUGGAAUGACACCCACAGUAUCCCGAUGGUGAGGAUCGGUCCUCUGUAUCAGAUUCGGUUCCAUUGUAAUUGUAUUGAAGUGGUUGGCAGAGAAACAAAAGCAAACUUUGAGAUAUUUUGCUUGCGAAUUUAGAAGAAAUGUCCGAUAAGAAUGUUAUGUUUUACUUUUAUACAUUACAACGUUAAAUGUCACAAUUUGUUGGACAAUACCAUUUCCAAGUUAAUUCAAUAGUUUUCAUUAAGUCCUUAAUGCUUCACGAAGUGUUUUAUUUCAAUUCUAUUUUUUAAUUCAAUUCUAAAAUUUCUUCUAAAUUACAUUUUUUUAUCAUUACUAUUUUUGGACAAUUGUUUUUAACCUUAUUUGAAUUCAGCCUUUUGUCAUCUAUAAAUUUGUGUGUAUAAUUGAAUGAGCGAAGCGAAUUCUAUGUUUCAAGUCAAUCGGCAUUUGUCUGUUUGUUUGUACCGCUGUUACUGUCGCAGUUAUUAUUUCAUGUAUUACAUGUUCAAAAUCUUCUAAUUUUUGGAAUUCGAAUUUGUUUUCAAAGUCCCAAGUUUCCAAAUCCAAGUUUCAGUUUUUUUAUCUUUUAAACCGGGCUUCCGAGCUCAAAAGUGUAGAGGACCUUUAUUCUUCAGCGCUCCAAGGUGAUCUUAUUUCAUGUAUUACAAGUCUAAAAUAUCAGAAAAUUUAAAAUUCGAUAAUUUUUCCAAGUCCCAAAUUUCAAGUUUUAGAUUUUUCAUCUCUUCAACCGUGCAUCCUAGCUCAAAUGUGUGAAGAACUUCUAUUUCUCAGCGUCCUCCACCGAUCCUAUUGCAUAUAAUAUAUCAUCAUUCUCUAAAUUCAAUUUGUAUGUGUGUGUGUGUGUGUGUGUGUGAAUAGGCGGGCGUGUGUGAGUAGAGAUGAUAGUGAGUGUAGCGAGUUCUACUGUUCUCCGAACUACUAGUAGUUUGUGUUCACCUGUAUUUUUCUCUCCCAAUAAUUUGAAUGAUCUUUGCUAAUAAUGGUGUAAUUCUAGGUCCAGUGCCUAAGUUUUCAUAACCAAAACUUUUCUAACAUAAGCUUUCCUAACCUAAUAUAUUAGAGGUGUUUGAAAUGUCGUGAUGAAAGUGAGGUUAGUAAAACUAAAUUUUUUUUAAAUUUAUGAUGAGUGACCGCCGUUUAUUUCUUGUGAUUUUGUGUUCAAAAUGACAUACUAAAUCGAUCCCAACAAAAAACUGAUGACAGGUAUUUCGCCACUGGACCUAGAGUUUAGCCCUAAUAAUAAUAAAACAAAUUAAUAAAAUGAAAUUAAGUACGAAAAUGAAUAAAAUACCAGUGAUUGUUAGUUGGAUGAGAAUCAUUGCUGCUAUCUAUAAGGAAUGCUGAUGGUUUAAAGUGAAUCACUCUUUAUGUAAAAUAGAUAAUAUGAUAUGAUAUCAUAAUAAUAUAAUGGUAAUCGUUCUCUUGACAAACGACUCUAUAACAUAUUCAACCACGUAGGUGUACGAUAUUUUGAAGUGUUUUCAAACAUAAUUUCUCAUAUUAUGUUUUAUAUAAAAUGACAUUUAUCAUGUUAUUUUUACGACAUGGUGAACAUAUUCAACCAUUUAGUUGUAAAAUAUGUUGAAGUGUUUUGAAACAUAAGCUCUAACGUUAAGUUAGUUUUUAACUAUAAUGGUGAACCACGUAGUUUUAUGAUAUUUUAAAGUGUUUUCAAACAUAAAUUUUGAUAUUAAGUUCGAAAUGAAAUUACAUUUAAUAUUUUAUCUUGAAGACUUAGUGAUCAUACUCAAACACAUAGCUGUACGAUGUGUUGACGUGUUUUCAAACAUAGAUACCGAUUAGGACUUUUACGUUAAAUUCUGAAAUCAAGUUUGUUUUCAGUCGAUAUGGUAAAGAUAUUCAACCACUUGAAGCGUUAUCAUAGUGUAAAAUUAUAUUCUAGUUUCAAGUUUCUGCUAUACCAACUUUUCAAAUUUGUUCGUAACAUGAUAAAAACUACUUUCAUUUUAAAUUGAUACGAAUCAUUGAACGACUGUAUGUAUCUGUACUGUAUGAUGUCUGAAAGUGAUUUCAGAUUGUAUGUCAUUUCGUUAUCUUAUAGAAUGUGAUAUUUUAUCACCGUAUAAAUAGAGGUAACUAUUAAAUUCUUUGGUCAUUGGCCAUCGAGGUCAUUAUUCAAUUCAAGGCAUUCAUAAAACUAAUUGAAAUUCUUUAGUUCAAUGAUUGUAAAAUCCGUAUUCCAAUUGGGUAGAAAUCAUUCAACUACAAUAGUUAGGUGAAUAAACUAUUUCACAGAAGAUCAUAAAUUCUUUUUUAAUAAGCCUUUUUGUAUUAGGUGAAAAUAAUUCAAUUCAACCGUGAUAGCUGUAUGAUAAUUAAUUUGAGAGUUCACAUUGUUAGUCAUUCAUUAUUGUACCGUAUUUAAGCUUGGCUUAAACAAUUGUUGAAUGAAGAAUAAGGGAGAAAUUGAGUUUUAAAAUUAUUAAUUUGAACAAUAUCGGCCUGAAUUUAAUUUGGUAGAUAUGAUGUAAAAUUCUUUUGAAUCAAUGAAUUUCACUGUUUUAUUUUUGUAACUAUUGCGGUUGAGUAAUAUGAAGCCAACUUUAGUUGAAUUCCUGUAGUUUUUUUAUAGGUUUAAUUUUUUCAUUUAAUUUCAUUCCUAUUUUAAAGAAUAAUUAUAAAUACUCUUUAUUAUAUUCCUGUCAUAAUAAUUGUCAAUAAGCCAUUUAUUAUCAUCAAAUAAGUUAUAAAUUUCUGAAUCAAUUGAAAAAUAUUAUAUUUUACUAGAGAAAUUAAUAAAAUUUAUAUGAUCUUAUACACAAAUUCCUGUAGGAUUCUCAAAGAGUUACAAGGUUGAAUGAAUAGGUUCAUUUCUAGUACAACAUUUUUCUUCUAAGUUAGUGAGGUAGAAUGAAUGAAAACAAAUUUUAGUUAUACUUCUUUCUUUUUCAGUGUAUACAAUAUUAUUUUUGAUUUAUUUUCCAAUUCAUAGAACUAAACUAUUAUUAUUAAGUACAACUUCAAUGAAUAAUUUAAUGGGGAACACCAUAGAUAUUUUAUGAUUUACCUCAGAUUUAAGACGAAAAUUAGUCUUAUUACUAUUUAGGAUAGAAAUAUAAAGUUAUAUAAAUGUACAGUGGCAUUGACUUACCAUUAUAAAUGCAAAAAAUGUACUGUAUUAUAUUGAUGGAGUAAAGUACCUAAUCCAAUCAAUCAUCUUCAAUAAAUCCAAGAUCAAUCGUAUUAAAAAUGUGAGAUCGUGAUCAUUUUUUCGAAUUUUCUUGACAAUAUUUUUGAAACUCCGAUUUUUUUUAUCCGUGCAAUUAAAACGCUACAGACUUGACAAUAGUUACAGAACAGUCAACGGCAUUCUAUUUUCUGAAAUCUAAAACUGAUGUGCUGAAUUUUUGUAAAUAAUCAAUCUUUUAUUCAAAAAGUGGAAUACGAAAUAGAAGUUUCAAAAUCAGCAUUCUAGGUUUUCUUUUGUUUGCCCAGUGGGAUGGCUAAUAUAUCUGAAUUUAUAUAUAAUUUAGUUCAAAGUUUAGAAAUGAAUUCUUGUUUCAAAACCAGAGGACUAUGUUUUGUGGUAUUAUUUUUGUGUAAUAUUUUCUUCCUUCGCGUCAGCCGUAAAUAUUUUGUUGUAGUUUGGGUUAAAAUAAGAUUUUUAUUUAGUAUCAGGAGUUUGAAAUAAACUUACUCUUCCCUUAGUUAUAUAGAAUUAGGCUUUGAUUUACAAACUCUUCCGAUAAGCUUCAUGCUUUAUAUUUUUUAAGUGUUGUUGGAAUUGAUUUAAGAUUUAAGCUUCCAUUACUUUAUUAAAUUUGUUUUCAACUUCAUUUAUGUAUACCAAGACUUGAUGGUUUUUGUAUAUACUGAGUAUACUAUUUAUAGUACACUCAAAUUAUGUCAGCGAAUCAUAAGCCGUUUCUGGAAUACCAGCUCAAUAUAAUUAAUUAGCUGAUUUACUCUGAGCUACAAUUACUACAAAUUUCAAUAAGGUUGCCCGAUUUGUAAUAUUGUAAUGAAUCUUUAAAAGAUUUCUGGAAAUAUAACAAUAUGUUGUAUAAAUAGAUUCUAUUAUACAGUAUUAUAGCUACUGUGUAAGUUACUAUGUUUUUUAUAGAUUGAUUUAAAAAUUAUAAUUUUCAGAGUUUUUAAAAGUA